AUGAGAAAGCAUGCUCCACCGCCUGAACAUAUGGAUUUAGGAAAAAUAUUGUCCAACUUAGGCAGCGUUACAGGCGAAGCAGAUCUCGAUUACGAAAAAGCGUUGACUUAUUUAUGUGAAUCGUUGGUCAUAAAUGAAAAUGCUGUCGGCGAAGAACAUUCGGCAACAGCUCUCGGAUUAACAGAUGAUGACUAUGAUAUGUAUUAUGAAAAAUGGCAAUAUUUAGAUCCAUCAGGUUCUCAAUUUAUUCGAUAUGAUCAAUUAUCUGAUUUUGUUGAUGGAUUAGAACCUCCAUUACGUAUACCAAAACCAAAUCAAUUAUUACUUGUUGCUAUGGAUUUACCAAUAUGUGAUGAUGAUCGUAUGCAUUGUGUUGAUAUACUUGAUGGUCUUACAAAAUAUUUUCUUGGUACACUUGAUGUAUCUACAUUAGGUACAGGUACAAAUGUUCCAAUUGAUAUAAGAAAAGAUCGUCCAAAAGAUUAUCGACCAAUAGCAACGACAUUACAACGUCAACGUGAAACAUAUUUAAGUCGACUUGGUUUACGUGGUUUUCGUGCUAAUGUUGAACAAUGUCGAUGUAAACGACAAAGUCGUGAACCAAUACUUGAAAGAGCUACAAUUGAUGAACUUAUUGAAUUAGAUGAUUUAGGAACACCAACAUCAACAAUAUCAUAUCGAAGUAAAAUUUAUACUGCAGAUUCAAUAUCAAAAAUAUCAAUAGAACAACAACAACGAGAAAGAACUCCUUCGAAAACAUCAUCAACUUGUUCGUUUGGAGGAAGAUCUUUAUGUUGA